AUGGAGCCAAUGGAUGUCUCAAAGGAAUGCUCCGUAAUCUCCCAUCCCAGUUCUCUUAAAAGACUCAGACGUCAAUCUGUCUCCUCCUCCAGCAGCUCAGACUCUUUCCUAGUUUCAAACCAGUCUAUCCUUUUACACGUGAUUAUUUCUUUCCCGUCUCUCAAAAAGUGCUUCAAGCAGUUAUCCUUAAAUGAACGUAAAUCUAUCUUGUCAGCCUUAUCGAUCAAUUUCCCUCUCACGUCCACCCGUGUUGACGCUGGCGGGGAUCUCUUUGUCCACGCCGAUGAUCAGUCAACCAGAGACUUGUUGUUACAACAAGAAAAAUUAGGGGAUAUCGAAGUAAAGUGUAGCCGCACAAACCGAGAAACCGAGUGCAAAAAAAUCAUCUUCGGGGUCCCAAAAGAAGAUGCUGAAGAGGAAAUAGUAGCGGAGCUCUCUCGGUACGGAGUUAUCAAGGUCCUUAGACUAAGAAAGCGCUUUGGAGAUGUUCAUGUUACCACAGAGGCUGUCAUUUUGUGGUUUAGCUGCGCGCCGCCAUCCGAAGUUCUGAUCGCAAACGAAAUCUUUCGUACCCAUGAUCCCCGGCAACGCCCCCUGUUAUGCAGGAAUUGCUGGCUCCUCGGGCACACAGCAUCUAGAUGUCGUCAGAAAGAGCGCAACUGCAACAGCAAUAGGCACACCUCUGACGACAAAUCAUGCCCUGCUUACCGCAUGAAACAAAAAAUUCUAAAUUUCGCCCAAGCGGAGAAUUUGUCGUUCCACCAAGCCAAAGAGUUUCUGUCCAAAAAUGCACCUCAUCAACAAUCUUCACCCGCUAAAUCGUUGUCCGUCUCACUUCCCUCCCAUCAAAAAAGCACCACACCCUUACCAGCUCCAAAUGACGCCCAGAUUGAAGCACUUCAGCUAGAAGUGACUAAGCUACAAGUGGAAGUCAAAUCCCUCAGGUCUCAUCUAUUGAAAUACACACCCCUUGACAUAACUACAAAGAUGCAAGAAAACAUCACUUCAACUAAGAAUCUAUAUGAAAAUCUCAAAACCACUCUUGAUUCUAUCGCUCCCGUCAUGGUAAGAUUGACUCCAAACAUCCCUUACAUCGAAGAAAUUUGCCGAAUCGUCCGCCAACAAAAUCAAAAUACAAGCUCCACACCCACUUUACUCUCGACCGAAGGCUCAGACACAAACCAACAUGUAACGACGCACCCGGGAUCUCAAAAACCUCGCCAUGAAUAA